AAAAAUGUUGCUUCAACGUUGAAAAGACAAAGCCUAGAUCCUCAUGACAUGGAUGCCAAUUCACCUCAAUGGACAAGUGUUACAAGUGAAAGAAAGGAGGAUGAUAAAGAAUCAAUUUCUGGAGAUUGGGGUGAUAAGAUUUCCAUGAACAGAAAUGACAGCAUAACUAGUGAUGAUAGUGUUGUGGGAGCGUGGGAAGUAGAAAGCAAACAAUCUUCUCCGAGGUUAAGUCUCAAUUUUCUCUCAGAGCCUUCUAAAAUAGACAACUCCUCUAAUAAAAAGGACAACCAAGACAAUGAAGAUUUACGGAGACCCAGUUUUGAUAUGACUACCACAGACGAAUCAGAUGAACACGAGAUUGCUACUGUAACUAGUGAUUCUUCUGAGUCAGACUUGCAUUGGCCACCACAAAUACCUAAACCAAUCACCAUUUCCAGUGGAUUAGGCAUUAAAGCAAAGAAAAAAACAAAUCUCAGAUCAAUAAAGAACGCAGACAGCAGGAGUAUGAUCCCAUCAUUCAUUCCUGCGCCCGUGCCUGUGCAUGUGCCUGUGCCUGUUCCCGUCUCAUCAAGGAAACAACAACCAGUUACUCAAGGAAGAAAGCCCCCAGGAUCUUCUGAUGUAAGGAGAAGAUUUGGGAACAGUGCCAAGUGAGAAUAUGCUGUUCUAAGCCUUUUCUCAUUCCUUGCUUCACUGCCUUUGAUGACAUUUUUAUGAACUAAAUCAUCAUCAAAGAUAUACUUCACAUUCAUUUUCUUCAUCUUUAAAUAUUUAUGGCAUCAAAGUGAUCUUCUAAAGAUUUAAGAAACAUGAAUUGGUUUAUGUUAUUGUCAUCGACUCUGACAGAGAAAUCAUUUGAAUGUUGCAACUCUUUAGCACUGGACCAAAUUGAUGUAGGUGUAUGUCUAGACAAUUGAACUGAUAGCUUAGUAUUUUUUUUUAUCACCUUUUUGUAUCUGUAAUUAUGUUCAGGAAUUGAGGUGAAGAGCUUCUUUCAUUUUACA